AAAGCCCUGCUUGAGAUCCUUUUUUAUAGGCGCAGUCAAGAACCACCAUGGUUGCAGCCAUCGACUACCAUACUUUCUAUUUUUUUACGAAUGACCUAUUUACGAACGUAUUUAUGAUUGAUCACUGACGAGAUUGGGCACUUGUAAGAGGUGAUUCCGAGAUUUGUACAAAAACCUAUCAUAAUUCCAGAGUCUUCUCGAUUACACCCACAACAGAAUAUUCUCACCAAAAUCACUUUUCCCAUUAUAAGACUUUCCGCCAUUAAUCACUUAAAAACCUCAUCUCUUGAUUUCUAUAUAAUUCUUCAUUUCAGUUCACAAACCCACUUCCAUUUCUAAUCACUCUCUACUUAUAAUAAUAAUCUUCCUUCUCAAUCCCUCCCCAAGUUUCAAUGGCCAGCAUCAAAGUCCAUGGAGUUGCCCUUUCCACACCCACAUGCAAGGUUCUAGCUUGUCUCUAUGAAAAAGACCUCGAAUUCGAGUUUAUCAAUGUCAAAAUGCACGAAGGAGAACAUAAGAAACCCCCCUUUCUCUCCAUCAAUCCUUUUGGUCAAAUUCCUGGAUUCCAAGAUGGGGAUUUGACACUUUUUGAAUCCAGGGCAAUCACGCAGUAUAUCUCAGCAAAUUAUGCUAAUAAAGGAACCCAAUUGAUUCCCCAAGACCUACAGAAAGCAGCUACGGUAUUAACAUGGAUUGAAGUGGAGAGCCAUCAUUUUGAUCCACCAGCUUCGAAACUUGUGUAUGAGCUGUGUUUGAAGCCAAAGCUUGGGUGGGGUGAGACAGAUGUUGCAGUGGUUGAGCAAAAGGAAGCUGAGUUAGCUAAAGUUCUUGAUAUCUAUGAAAAGAAGUUGGUUCAAUCCAAGUACUUGGGAGGGGAGUCCUUCAGUUUGGCUGAUCUGCACCAUAUCCCAGCCUUAGGAUCCUUGUUGGAGACACAGACCAAGAAACUGUUUGAAUGUCGGCCCCAUGUCAAUGCUUGGGUGGCUGAUAUCAUGGCUAGGCCGGCUUGGGCUAAGGUGCUUGCUUUGCGUAAGUAAUGGAUCGUUUUGACUUUGCAGAUGAGGCCUUCACUAGAUCAUGAUAAAGGUUUUAUCAAAAUGUUGUGUGAUUGUCUUUUGCUUUGGGUGUGUUGUAAUAAAUUGGUUUGUGUAAUAUGUUGUUCAAUGUUUUGUUGAUCUAACGUUUUCUUUUUUAAUGCUUAGGUGAGGUGUCACUUCGACACCUCGUGGGUGGAUGAUGGUAUAUGUUUUAAUUGUUGAGAUAUGGUUAGGUUGAACCCGUUAAAGACAUAUAUUUGAUCAAAUGGUUAGGUACAUGAGUUUUUUAUUCCCACA